AUGGCAAAACAAGUGUCGGGGUUUACGAGCGACAGCAAGCUGGGCUCUACCUCAGGGCGACGCUCCUCCCACACGUCGUCUCAGUUUGACGCAACUUUCAUUGAUCCCAAGUUUCCCAACGUACUGGAUGCAUGUUCUGGAUACAAGGCCACCGAUGUAUCUGCCAGCGGGACCAAGUUCACCGCGACCCUCGUUCUGGGGGGAAAGCCAUGCAACGUCUUCGUGAAUGAUAUUCAGAAAUUGUCGUUGAGCGUUAAGUACGAGACUGUGUAUAGGAUACAUUGCAAUUUGCCCACAAAUAUGUGA